GAAAUCGGUUAUAAUGGGAAGAAGAAGAGAGCGGGGAGUUCAUAUUGUGCCGCCAAAAGCAACGGUAAACGGAAGUUGCCCUCAAAUUGCUUCCAUGUUCCAUAACCAUCAACCCUAAAAGCUUCCAAUUUUUAGUGUUUUGCCCUAUAAUGGCGGCCAUUUUUCCUCCAAAUUUGGGGCUGAGAAAUUCCCCCCUAAACUCUCUCUUCUACCUCCUACAUAUCAUUCCCUUCUUAAUUUUACCUCCCACUUCCUGUCUUGCCCUAAUAUGGACGUCUUCUUCACCUCCCGGCCUCCUUGAAUCCCACCUCUAUUUUCUUUUCAAGCUUUUCUAGGGUACUCCAAAUCUCUCAUUUUGCACCCUCUUUACCCAAUUGGGUGCCCUAGAACUGUCUUCUCUUUCUUUUCAUCUCAGCAGCUUAUGAUCUACCAUUCCUGGUAGCUUACUAUCUAUGAGGAGGAGCCUGUCAUAGAGGUCAAAUGGGAUUUAAAUUUUCAAAGCCAAGUCAGGGGAAGGUGGAAAACCUUAGUCUGCAACACCACCUGAUCAAUUAUCUCUCUAAAAGCUUUUACAUCCGUAACUUGGUAUCCAAGCAAAGGAGGCGCAUGCUUGUUGCUGGCUAUGAUCUUGACAUGUCAUACAUCACUGAUCAUGUACUGGCAAUGUCAUUCCCUGCAGAACGGAUGCGCGCAGUGUAUCGUAAUCCCCUAUGGCAAGUUAAGUCCGUAUUGGACAUGAGGCAUCAAGGACACUACAAGAUCUAUAAUCUCUGUAUUGAAGAAUCAUAUGAUCCAUCACAUUUUCAUGGACGCGUGGAGUCAUUUCCUUUUGAUGAUAAUCAUGUUCCGCAUCUACAGAUGAUCAAAAUCUUCUGUGAAAAUGUCUCUUCAUGGCUAUCAUCCCACCCAAAGAAUAUUGCGGUUAUACAUUGCAUGGCUGGAAAAGGUCGAACGGGAUUGAUGGUAUGUGCCUACUUGGUUUACUGUGGCAUGUCAGUCGAGGAUGCACUUCAGCUGUAUGCUCAGAGGCGGACGACCAAUAACGAAGGAGUAUCGAUUCCAAGCCAACGACGGUACGUGGGCUACUGGUCAAAGUGCCUUUCCUUUCCCAAGGGAGUUUAUAAUGGACCUCCUGAGGUGAAGUUGCCCAAACCAUGUAGGAGGGAGUUGCAGAGAAUUCGUCUUUAUGACACAGUGAACACUGAAUCAAUUUUCUUUGUGGUCUCAGAAUUGCAGGAGGUUCCUUCUCAGCUAUACCGUCCAUCUAUGGAACUUACCAGGAGUUGUUGCAGACGAUUUAAGAGAGGAUAUGAGAGAAGUAACAGUCCUCGUUAUUUUCUAUCUUUUGUUGAAGGCGAAAAUGAAGGGAGCAAGUCCACAGUAGAGCCCCAUCUCAUUGUUCAAAUGGAUACUGAGAGUUCCGCACUAUACCAUAAAUCCUGCCUUGACUACAAUUUUGAGAAGCCUUUACCACUAACUGGAGAUGUGCGCAUCAUAUUCUACGCAAAGAUGUUUGGAGGGCGUCUCUUCUAUGCUUGCUUCAACACAGCUUUCAUUAAAAACAGCUUGCUACAGCUAAGGUUGCAGGAUUUGGACAAAGUUGGGAAAAAGGGAAGGUCACUUUGUGGUCCUUCCUUCUGUUUGGAGUUGGUAUUUGGUCCUGCCAAUGCAAAACACUCGUAUUUGACUUCAUCGGAUGACGACGAAGAUCCUCAAAAUGAUUUGUCUUAAAAUCUCAAAAUGUAGAAUAAUUCUUCUUCAUUCUUCUUCAUUCUUCUUCUUCUUCCAGACAGACAGGGAGAGAAUAGUUUUAAACACAUUAUCCCCUGUAAUCAAAUCAUCUUCUCAGAAAGCAAACAACCCUUGUGAAAACCAUUUGUAUUUAAUUGGACUUUUUAUUGGUGGAAGGAAGGCAUUAGGAGGAAUAAACACAAAUUUUGUAUUUUAGAGUAUAAGAUUUUGCAGGUCCCCGUCCCUACCACACCCCCACCCCCCC